GCCCUGGAAAGUGAAUUUGUGUCAUGUCAACUUCAUCAGUGGAUUGACCUUAUAUUUGGCUACAAGCAACGAGGACCAGAAGCAGUGCGUGCGCUCAAUGUUUUCCACUACCUAACAUAUGAAGGCUCUGUGAACCUGGACAGUAUCACUGAUCCUGUCCUCAGGGAGGCCAUGGAGACGCAGAUACACAACUUUGGACAGACGCCAUCGCAGUUGCUCAUUGAGCCCCAUCCGCCGCGGAGCUCUGCCAUGCACCUGUGUUUCCUUCCACAGAGUCCACUCAUGUUUAAAGAUCAGAUGCAGCAGGAUGUCAUAAUGGUGCUGAAAUUUCCAUCAAAUUCCCCUGUCACGCACGUGGCAGCCAACACGCUCCCCCACCUCACCAUUCCUGCCGUGGUAACCGUCACUUGCAGCAGACUUUUUGCAGUGAAUCGAUGGCACAACACAGUAGGCCUUCGGGGAGCCCCAGGAUAUUCUUUGGAUCAAGCCCAUCAUCUUCCCAUCGAAAUGGAUCCAUUAAUUGCCAAUAACUCUGGUGUGAACAAACGGCAGAUCACAGACCUUGUGGAUCAGAGCAUCCAGAUCAAUGCACACUGUUUUGUGGUCACAGCAGAUAAUCGCUACAUUCUCAUCUGUGGUUUCUGGGACAAAAGCUUUCGAGUCUAUUCUACAGAAACAGGCAAAUUAACUCAGAUUGUGUUCGGCCACUGGGAUGUCGUUACUUGCCUUGCCAGAUCAGAGUCCUAUAUUGGUGGUGAUUGCUACAUCGUGUCUGGCUCUCGUGAUGCUACAUUGCUGCUUUGGUACUGGAGUGGCCGACAUCAUAUUAUCGGUGACAAUCCAAAUAGCAGUGAUUAUCCAGCUCCUAGGGCUGUGCUAACUGGUCAUGACCAUGAAGUUGUCUGCGUAUCUGUAUGUGCAGAGCUGGGACUCGUCAUCAGUGGUGCUAAAGAAGGUCCUUGUCUGGUACACACAAUUACUGGAGAUUUGCUGAGAGCCCUGGAAGGAACAGAAAACUGCUUGUACCCUCGCUUAAUUUCAGUAUCUAGUGAAGGUCACUGCAUCAUCUACUAUGAACGAGGACGGUUCAGCGAUUUCAGAACUCUUAAUGGCAAACUCUUAGCUCAGAUGGAGAUCAAUGAUUCAACCAGGGCCAUCCUCCUGAGCAGUGAUGGGCAAAACCUGGUGACUGGGGGAGACAACGGGGUAGUGGAGGUAUGGCAGGCUUGUGACUUCAAGCAGCUCUAUAUCUACCCUGGCUGUGAUGCUGGCAUUAGAGCUAUGGAUCUGUCUCAUGAUCAGAGAACUCUGAUUACUGGCAUGGCUUCUGGCAGCAUCGUAGCUUUUAAUAUAGAUUUUAACCGGUGGCACUAUGAACAUCAAAACAGAUACUGAAGUGGAAAGAAGAACUGACAGCCCAGGUAAAGCUGAGAGCACAAGUGCUGCAACGAAAGGUGUAGUCUCUGGUGGAAAAACACGUCUGCAUUGACCUCCGUUGUACAUUCCAUUACACCCAGCAAUAGCUGUACAUUGUAGUCAGCAACCAUUUUACUUUGUGUGUUUUUUCACAACUGAACACCAGCUGCUGCAAAGCAAGCUUGUAUCAUGUAAAUUAUAUGAAUUAGGAGAUGUUUUGGUAAUUAUUUCAUAUAUCUUUGUUUAUUAAGAAAAGGUAGUAGGAUGCGCCACAAGAGACUUUUGAAAAUUCUGAGGAACCUUGUGUCCAGUUGUUUCAAUGUUUAGGCUAUGAACCUAACAUGCAUCCCAUCUCCAGACUCUUUUCAAGCUGAGAAAAAAAAAAAAAAUACGUUUGAUACUUUGUACAUCAGAUGCACAUCUUAACUUUAAAGGGAUACUUUUGUAAAAGUAAAACCUUGUAUAAAGAACAAAACCGUUUCUUAAUUUUAUUGUGGAGUUACAACUUGCAUGUACUUUAAACCUGAUGUCUUGGAGGGACAGGUGCAUUCACACAAAUCAAACUGAAGAUCUGUCUGAGGGUACAGCUUGUAGGAAAGGGUUGAAUUUGGGUGCAAAUAGUAAUUUUGACAUUUUCACCAAAACAUGUUUUUCACUUUUUCAAUCUCGACGUUACCCCUAUGAAGUGGAAUUCUGCUCAUGAAGCAUUUGGAUAAAAAGCCAUCAUUUGCCAUAUUUAUACUCCAUACCGUAGGAAAUAAAUUCCUCCCUUUUAAAUUCAACGACUAGCAGAAAGGGAGCAAAGAGGGGAAGUUUAGUUUAAUAAUGCUCUGUAAUGCUUAAUGACUCCCAAUGCAUAGAAAGUGCUAUACUUCAGCUUUAUUAACAUUUGGCAUAGGAAUCAUUGCAGGAGAGAGCCUCAAAUAAUAUUUUUCCCUUAUUUUUCCUCUGAGCAGCUUGAUUUAUUUAAGAGCCUUAGCUUCGUUGCAAAGGUGACUGAGGGUAUUCUUUUUGAUUCUUCUGAAAAUCUCACCUGAAGCCACACUCUCAGACUAAGGCACUUCAUGUUUUACAAUACUGUAAUGAUAACUAUCAGAAUAAUUUUCUGCACAUUGUACUGAUCAAAUUACACACCCAGGGGUAUAUACACUUUAAUUCAUGUUUCUUCUUUGUAUAUUUGGUGACUGUAUUGUCAUAGAUGUACAUAUUGUGUCGGUAGGGCUAUGAGGCAUGUAACAGGAAUGUAAUUUUCUCAGAAUUUACACUCACUUGCAGUCAUUUAUUUAAAAAGAUAAUGGAUUCUUUGUAUUGGCACUUUGCACCAGAAACAUAUCAUUAUUUAUUGAUGUGAUUACUUAUUUGUUAUCCACCUUGUAUUAGUAAGUUUAGCACUGAAUUUCCUUCUUCAUUGUUGUUUGUAUUUAUAAGGUUCAGAAAUCAUGGGGAUCAACGUAAUGAUUAAGUUAUUCAUCACCAGUCUGUAAGCAAUAUCUUGAGUUUGUAGCUUAGAAUUGGGAGAAUAUUGAACAUCUGGAAGACAAGUUCAUUUCAUCUUGAGAUCAUGGUGAAAUAUUUUGGAUAUAUAAAUUCCUUAAGCUAUUGUAACCAUGUUUUAUUGCAAAGAUGUAAAAUAUGCCAGAUGUGUGUGAGUUGGAAAUCAAAAAGAAAAAUAAAAUAUGCAAAGAAUUCA